AUGGCUGCGGGCAAAGUCCCCCAAGCGGCCUUCGUGGAGGAUUAUGACGAAGACUCUCUUGACGUCGUACCCGAUAGCCGGCAAUCGGCCAAUACCACAGCCAAUACGGCUGCCAAACUCUCCAGGUUGGAUCUCAGAUUCCCAGCGGAGCCGCUGAUCGACGGCGCCAGUGACUCAGGAUAUUCUAGUCGCACCACCGCCACGGUCAACAGCACCCAAUCUGGCCCGUCAGGCGGCAAAAGUCCCCCCGUCGCUCUUAAGCAGGACCUGCCCAAGCAGCGAACCGACCUCACCAGAAAAAGUUCCAGCCGCAAAGAACGCCCCAAGGACAAGGAUCGAGCCCGGCCAGAGCGCGCUGAGAAGAUGCAGAUGGGUGCCUAUCCGGGCUCCGCCCACCAUCAUGCUCACGUGCAAAGGUCGCCGUCCAAGCCCCGUCGACGAGAUUCUGCGGCCCAUACUCGCCCGUAUACCGAGUCCCCCUACCACGACGGGACGGCCCCUUAUUAUCAGCAAGCCCCAACCCCCAUUGACCCCCGAGCCAUGGACUAUCCUUCGCAAGCAUUCCAUCUCAGCCGGCCUCCGGUCCCGGAUUACCCUCCGGCCUCCCCCCAAACGGCCGGCUAUCCGUACCCCAUUGCCGAAUUCCAUCGUCCCGCCGGUGGUCGAGCCCGCUCCGGCUCUUACAGAAACGGCAUGUAUCACACUGAACGACCGAUCAGCUAUCAUGGUGGGGGUGCGAUGCCCAUCAUGGGACCACCACCACUUCCCAUGUACAACCAUCACCCCCCGCAGCAACAGCAGCCGGUCUAUGCCUACGACCCGGGUUUCCAUGGUCCUCCACUCUCAUCAUCCGCCUAUGCCAACCAAGCCUUCUCCUCUUCGUUCGGGGCAGGUUCGUACUUUGAAGGCUCGGAGUAUGGUGCCCCUUCGGAGUACCCCCGGGAACGGUCUCAAUCCCGCCAUCGAGACCUGUCCCGGUCUCGGGCUCGUCGUUCGUCCUCGGUAUACGGACACCCGCCGCUAGAGGGGUUCUCGGACUGGCAGGAUGAAGGCGAGUCGAUGGAUCGCUGGUCAUCUCGGGAGGUACCCCGCGACUACCACCGAGAGUCUCGCGAGUACCACCGAGAGCCCCGCGAGUAUCACCAAGAGCCCCGCGAAUAUCACCGAGAGACCCGCGAGUACCACCGAGAGCCUCGUCGCGAUGACCGCCGAGAUAUUUCUCGAGAAGUCGCUCGCGAGGUACCUCGGGGCCGGGGCCCCGUCAAGCCUAGGCAGCAAGAAGCAGAUGAGGACUUCUACCGGAUGCCACCGCCGCCUCCGCCGCCUCCGAAGAAAUCAGCGCCUCAAGUUCACCUGCAUCAAGCCAAACGACCCGAACCACGCAAAUCUCAAACCACCAAUGCCAUUCCUUCGCAGAGACGUCAACGACCAUUCGACAUGACCGAUGUUGCUGCGGCGCUGCCGCCGGAGGUUAGUCACCGUCUUUCUAGGGAUGGCAGAAUGCCUGAGCGUAGCCAGAGUGUUCGAGAGACCAGACGAUCCAGGGAAUAUGGUGACGCCAACCGGGGAGCUCACAUGACAGUGGAGAGCGCCCUCCGGCACCCGCAAGACUAUUACUACGCAGAUCAUGAUAACAGUCGUGGUCUGGAAGACCGUGAACGCGAAGUCGAACGCUACCAGGCUCAACAAUCGGGCCGGGACGGCGUCCCUCCAAUGCCACCAUCCUCAGAGACGCUAAUCCCGAAGAUGGCCACUGGUGCAGCGAGCGACAACGGCAGCCAGAAGAGUCCGUCGCACAGCAGCGGCGGCAGCGGCAAUGGCGAGAACAAGAACAUGUCUCUCACUCUGAAUGGAAUGACGAUUGGAUUCACUGAAGAGGCUGUUGCCGGCAAGUCGAUCAACAUCCGUACCGGCGAAACCGGCGGGGUGCAUUUCUCGAUCGCUGGCAGCAGACAGCCCAAGAAGUACCACUCCGGCUCCUCGUACUCCGAUCAGACGGGACGCACCACUCGUCGGGAAAUCGAGGACGUACCACGUCAUCCCGAGGAUCGCCUUUCUGAACGUGGUAUUCGCCGGUCCAGUCGGUCCAACUACGGACAGUCUCGAUACCGGGCAUGA